UGGGGACGAACAGGGGCCCGUCGGAGCGGGGCGUGCUCGGCAUGGCGGAAGCGGAAGGGAGUUAUCCACUCCUGUUGGUGUCGCCGCCACCCACGCUUGGCAUGGCGGAAGUGCAGUCGCCGACGGCGGCCGGGACGGACAUGAAACGGUACCCCUGCUCUGGCGGUGUCACCAUGGACGUGGAGCGGAGCCGUUUCCCCUACUGCGUGGUGUGGACGCCUAUUCCGGUGCUCACGUGGUUUUUUCCCAUCAUUGGCCACAUGGGUAUCUGCACCUCCACAGGAGUCAUUCGGGACUUCGCUGGCCCCUACUUUGUCUCGGAAGACAACAUGGCCUUUGGAAAGCCUGCCAAGUACUGGAAGUUGGACCCUUCUCAGGUAUACGCUAGCGGGCCCAAUGCAUGGGACACAGCUGUGCAUGACGCCUCUGAGGAGUACAAGCAUCGCAUGCACAAUCUCUGCUGUGACAACUGCCACUCACAUGUGGCAUUGGCCCUGAACCUGAUGCGCUACAACAAUAGCACCAACUGGAAUAUGGUGACACUCUGCUUCUUUUGCCUACUCUAUGGGAAGUAUGUCAGUGUUGGGGCCUUCGUGAAGACUUGGCUGCCCUUUGUGCUCCUCCUGGGCAUCAUUCUGACUGUCAGCCUGGUCUUUAACCUCCGGUGAUGGCUGCCCCAUGGUCCUGAAUCCACCAGAUUCCCGAAGAGGCAGCUACCACCCUCCUUUGGUUCAUAAUUCUUUGUCCUCACCCCCAAAAGGCAGGAUUGGGCCUGCUUGUUAUGGACCCUGGGAUCUGGGGUAGUCUGAGGAUGAGCUGUGGGGUGGGAAUGUUUGUUAUCUCACUGCCCAUUCCGAAGCCCCUGGUCCUGUGACCCUUACCCUUAAGGUCCCCUCUUUAUUCUUGUGUUGGAAAGACCUUAGCUUCCCUCUGUAGAGCUUCUGCUGGUGCCUGCUGGGCUCCGGCCUCAGCCCAGUGCCCAGUGUGAGGAGGGGAGGAGAUUUGGACCCACUGGAGAAGGCAGCACUGGGACCAGAGCCAGCCCUCCCCUUCUGCAUUAGCUCUCGUCCCAGGGUGGGGGUUGGGUACACUGGGAAGUCUAUUAGCUAAGCUGCCCUGGGCCUUUAGAACAGUCCAGAAGGGCUGGCUGGGCCUCUCAGCAAUCUGCCAGAAGCUCCUCUAGGGGAAAUGUGUGCCCAUUUCCUGACACCCUCCAGCCUAUACAGCCCCGCUUAACCCUCCCAGGGCCACCAAGCAUUAGGCUCAUUUACCCUGCAGUUUAGGGUGGAGUUGACAUGUACCAGAAUGAGCCUGUAAACAGCACUGGCUCCAGCCCCAGGUGUGGGCCUUGGGCUGGUGAUUGUUCCCUUUAGGUCCAAAUUACAAUAGCCUGCCAGCACCGCCAUGCCAUCAGAGAGCAGAAGGAAGGCUGUCCCCCCUCCCCCUCCACCUAACUACAGCUCCUGGUUCAAGUUGUCAAGAAAGGCCCUGUGCCGCCCACCUUACCCUCCUGCUCCGUGGAUUCCUUUGUGAGGGGUCCACUAGGCAGGAUAAUAAAGAGUUUUGA